AUGAUAAACGGCCUCGUGCAUCAGAGCAAGAGUCAGACCGUGAGCGUAGACGUUCACCAGCUCCCCGAGACGACCGUCGCGACGGCCGGCAUCGCUCUCGCUCACGAGAACGCAAGGAUGGAAGGCGAGAACGGAGCUGGUCUCGAGAUCGCCGCGAUCGGGACCGCAGAGAUGGAGAUAGAGAUGGGCGUGGGGCCCCGGACCGAAAGAGAAGCACCAGUCGGGAGCGCAAUUACGAUAGACGAGGUGGGGAAUGCACCGAAAAACGUAAAGUUCCGUGAACGUUCGCGCUCACGAUCUCCGCAUCGCAAUGGCACAAAGGCCCGGUCACCUCCCCGAGGCCCGAGGAGCGACCGUCAAGGUGACCGCAGAGAUCCCCGAUCACGAGAUGAUGGACGGAAGGGUGGCGCAGAAUCAGAACCAGAACGCCACGAGGAUGCGAUGGAUAUUGAUUUCAAUGAAGAUGCGGAUGAGGACGAAAUGGACGCGCAAAUUCGGAAGGCCUUGGGCUUUUCCAGAUUCCGGACUACGAAGAACACCAAAAUUCCUGGAAACCAGAUUUAUGCGGUGCGAAAGGAGAAGAAGAUCGAGUACCGACAGUACAUGAACCGCCAGGGUGGUUUCAACAGGCCCCUCAGUCCCUCGCGAUGA